UUGUUCAGUUUAUCAAGUGCGUGUGAUAUAGAGAAAAUUGUUUCACCGAAUUCUCAAUUCGUCGUCAAAAUUUCGAACGAACAAUUCCAAUUUUUAUAUUUUAACGUUAAAUUGAAGAAAUCUCAAUAAAUACAAGAAAUAUCAUUUGACGUGUAUUUAACGUUUAGUAGUUUUGUAACUAAUAUGGCGUCGUUCGGUGGUGAAGAAAAUGCUGUUCAAGAAAUCGAGGGAACUCGACGGACGCGGUCAAGCAGAAAAGCUGCUUCCACACCAGUUACAACUGUUGUUCCAGUUAGGAAUACACGUCGAUCAACGCGAAAAAAAUCAUUCGACAACGGCGGUGACGAUGGUGAAGGUGAUGUAAAAUCAACUGAGGAAACUGAUACUUUGAAUACAAUAGAAGAACAAACUAGCAUUGAAUGCAAAAGUGUAGACAUGAUGCAAGUCUGUAUGGAUGCAUUGCAAAAUAAAACAUCCGGUGUUGAUGAUGAUGCAACGGAUGUCAAUAACCCACCAAUAUCAAUCGAAUCGAAUAAUGAAAAUGACCCAGCAAAUCAACAAAAUGCCACAACAACAACUGAAGCCACCGAAUUGAACAGUGAUUCGAGCAGUUUACCAGCCAUAGCAGAAGAUCUGCCCAAUGGCAACAGUCAAGAUACAAAAAUUUCAAAUGAAUUAGAUGCUGAAAUGGUUUCAGAAGAUGAACUACCGGCACCGGCACAACCAAAAAUUGAUGAUGCCGAAGAUUUAUCCGAUGAAGAAUUGCCAGGUCCAAAGAGAGCCGAGUUACCAGCGGAUACUGAGGUGGUGUCUGAAGAAGAAUUUCCAUCGUCAAAUAAAAUUAAACGAAAAAUCGAUGGGGGAAAAGAGGGUGAAAAUGCCGAUGAUAAUGCCGACACUCCAAAGAAACGUGCAAAAGCUGAAGUUGACAGUAAAGAACCAGAAAAAUCGAACGAGGCUAGCGACAAAACUACACAGAAAAAAACACUGCCUGAUCUUGAUAGAUAUUGGAAAGCGGUUAACGAUGAUCCAAGUGACUUUACCGCAUGGACAUACCUUUUACAAUAUGUAGAACAAGAGAAUGACAUUGAGGCAGCCCGUGAGGCGUACGAUGCCUUCUUGGCACACUAUCCCUAUUGCUAUGGCUAUUGGCGUAAAUAUGCUGACUACGAGAAACGGAAAGGAAAUAAAAAGAAAUGCGAAGAUGUAUUCGAACGUGGAUUGAAAGCGAUACCAUUAUCGGUGGACUUGUGGAUACAUUAUUUGACCCAUGUAAAACAGAAUUACACUGACAAUGAAUUGUUUGUUCGAUCGCAAUUUGAACGUGCGGUUACAGCUUGUGGUUUAGAAUUUCGAUCUGAUAAACUGUGGGAAGCCUACAUUAAAUGGGAGACUGAAAAUAAACGCCUCAAUAAUGUGAUCAACGUAUAUGAUAGACUGCUAGCAACGCCAACUCAGGGCUAUAGCAGUCAUUUUGAAAAUUUCCAAGAGAUCGUAAGCAACAAUGCGAUCGCAUCGUUGAUACCGGUGGACGAAUUUAAGCGACUUCGAAAAGAAGUGCGCGAUGCAGAGACAAAAGAAUCGGCUGAUGAUUCGGCGUUAGCGCCCGGUGCAGAUGAGCCCGACGAUUAUGUUCGAAAUGAAUCCGAAGCAUCUGCCAUCAAAGAUAAAUUGCUUACUAGCUAUCGAAAAGUACAUAAAAAUACAGUGGCUGCAGUAACAACGCGUUGGUCAUUCGAAGAAGGCAUUAAACGACCGUAUUUUCAUGUAAAACCACUUGAACGAUGUCAGUUAAAAAACUGGAAGGAUUAUUUGGACUUUGAAAUUGAGCAGGGUGAUCGAAAGCGUGUUUUGGUGUUGUUUGAACGUUGUCUCAUCGCCUGUGCAUUGUACGAUGAAUUUUGGCUUAAAAUGAUCCAUUAUCUCGAAUCACAGACUAAUGAACCCGAUAUUGUACAAAAAACCAGAGAAGUAUAUGAACGAGCAUGUACAAUUCAUCAUCCCGAUAAACCGAGCCUACAUUUAUUGUGGUCGGCAUGUGAAGAACAAUUGGGCAAUUUAAAUAAAGCGGCCGAAAUUUUGAGCAAUUUAGAUAAGACAUGCCCAAAUUUAAUGCAAGUUGCGUAUCGUCGCAUCAAUUUGGAACGAAGGCGAGGCGAUUUCGAUAAAUGUUCACAGUUAUACGAACAUUACAUAACAAAUACAAAGAAUAAAACAACAGCCGCCAGUUUUGCAAUCAAAUAUGCUCGAUUUUGUAAUAAAAUCAAAGGUGACAUCGAUGGUGCGAUGGUUAUUUUACAAACGGCAUUGGAAAAAGACCCAAGCAAUGCUAGAAUUGUAUUACAAAUGAUUGAUUUGGCAUUACAACGGCAAACGGUUAACGAAAAAGAGAUAGUUAAAAUUAUGGACGAAUUUUUGGCACGUGAAAAUCUCGACAUCGACCAGAAAGUACUGUUUACACAGCGAAAAGUCGAAUUUCUCGAAGAUUUCGGACAAUCAUCGGCCGAACUACAAGACGCUCAACGAUCACUACAAACUGCACUUAGCAAAGCGAACGAAGCCAAAAAUAAAACAAGUGAGUCACCGCAAAAGAAGACACCGAAAGAUAGCACACAACAGUCAGCAUGUACAACUUCAGCAACCUACAAUAGUUCAUACUACAAUUCGGGUAAUAAUUCCGCUUAUUAUGGGAAUAAUCAACAGUAUGCCGGUGCACAAGCGUACGGCGAUUACAGCAAUUAUUACAAUAAUUAUAGCAACUACAGCCAAUGGAGUUAUGGGUGGUAACAAAGCAAAUCAAUUCAAUGUCUCUUCGUUACAAAUGAGAAUAAAAUUUAGAAUACUUUUAACAUUAAGACAUUUCAUAUUUUUUUAACAUUUAAAAUUAUUUUAUAAUAAAUGAAGAAAAAGAGAAAAGAAAUGGCAAACCAAUUUCAGCCAUGAAUUAAUGCA